AUGGCCGACACAGAGCGACGACCCACGGAGUACACUACUGGUACGGCCAGCCAUAAUAACAAUAAUAAACAACAAGCUGAUCGUCAGCCAGUUGGUAAUAACAACAGAAGACCGACCGUUGUACCUUUUCCAAUCAAAAGAAGUAAACCGAAACCAGAAAUAUGCGAAAACAGAUCACCCUUGUUUCCUGCCUACUCCAACAAGUCAGACGUUUGUCAUACUUCUAUUAAUAAUACGAAUAACAAUCUAACAAGCCCGGCUGCUGCGACUAAAGCGGCAGCUUCAUUGUCGACAACAUCGUCAAUAAAUACAGAUUCUACAAAUAAUGACCCAAAACUUGGCUGGCUUUCUAAUCAGAGCUUCCCAAGUGAGAAUGCUGUGGCCACGCUUGCACUGUCCACUCAUAUCAGUGCCGAUUCAAGUGAAGAAGACAGUAGUAGCAAUUCAAGUGAGAAUGAGGAUGAUGGUUUGGAUGAAGAAGAAGAGGGACCCUCAGAGAAGAAAGCAAAACUGACAGAAAGUGGAGAAUAUCAAAAGACGGCUGAUGGUAAAAUGCAAAAAGAAGAUCAUUUGAAGGAAGACAACCAUUUAGCAAAGAAGAAACACAAAUCAAAGAAACAUAAGCAUCACAAGAAACACAAAAAGCAUUCAAAGUCUAUAGAAAACAGAGAUGGCAGUGCUGGAAAGAAUCUGGUUGAUUACAUGAAAGAGAUUCCAGGUAAAAUUUUCAUUGAAGACAUUGAUGGACUUAGAAUAGAAGAUGCCUUUCGAAUUGACCGCAAAUCAGAUUCCAACAUUUGGACUUAUGGCUCUCUUUAUAAACUUCACAUCGCCAAUGUUUCCAAAGUGACUAAGCUCUACCACAAGUGCUUCAAGUGCCUGCUUGAAAUUAGAAAUACUACAACAUCUCAGACUCAAGCAAAUAAGUUAGACAAAAAUUUAUUAGAUGUGUUUGUCCAGUAUUGCCAUUUUUUGCUACAAGCUGGGUUCACUGAAAAAACUGUAGCAUCUUUCCAAGCCCUGCUUGAAUUCAACCUUUUCUUCCCUCCAUCAUUGGAGAAGGCCAGUCAUAGUGAUUGCAUAGCUGUAUUUGAAAGUUUCUGGGACAGUGGUGUUGGACGUUUUGGAGAGCCUGGAGCCCAAGGAUGGAAGUAUUGGGUAGAAAAAAAACAAACCACUUUAGACACUUCUUGUACUUCAGUUCAAGUUGACCAAAUUGAAGAGGACAUUAUCUCUCAAAACAAACCCCAAUGGAAAACCUGGUUAGAAAUUGAGCAUCUUCGUGAAUCUGUGCACUGUUUGCCUUGGAGACCAGACACCAAUGCAGAUGAAACACUUGAAGAUUGUGAAGACCUUGAUCGGCUGGUGCUCUUUGAUGACAUCGCUCCUGUUUUAUUCAUGUUUCACAACAAGAAACUCAAUUUAAUGCUGCUCAUUCAUUCACUCUAUUUGCUUGGGGUGCAAAAGGAUAAAGAACAUUUACUUCUUCUCAGUUUCCUUGACCAAUGGUGCCUCUCCCCACUGACACUUGUUAACAACCCACAUUAUAACACCUUGUUGACUGAUAUUGCUGUUACACCUAUCAGUGGAAGCAAGCCUACUCAUGAUUUGCUCAAGAAAUUUAUUGAUUGCAUUUUCCAACAAGCUCUACAGGUAUUUACUGGUGAAGAAGCAAUGGCCAUCACACUAUUAUGGAUUCAACAUCACUUGUCCCAGGUUCGUCAGUCCAGUGGUAACAUUGAUAAAAGUACCAGCAAGGAUGUACGCAACCGUUUGACCAUUGCUUUGUCCUUGCUGGACUCUAUCCAGGAUCAAUGCAGUAAGCAACUCCACAAGAACAAAGGAGGCAGUCAUAAAGAACUUUUGCCUUUCCUUGAAACUCCCUCAGAAAAGCAGAUAAUGAUUCACUGUGAGAAAGUAGCUGUUAAGUUGACAUUGUAUCACAUGCAGCACCAUCCGCAAUCACUUCGCUCCCUGAAACAACUGCUGAAAAAGGCUUUGAAGCAAUACCCUUCAGAGCCCUACUUUCUGAAAGUCCUCAUUCAGGCAGAACGAGGGUCAUACCUGAUGACCCACCUGCGACGAUAUUUUGACCAUUGCUUGCUCUCAACCACUCUGGCUUCGCCUGUGAUAAUUUUAUUUGCUGUACAAAAUGAAUUGGAACAUAAAGCUAAAAUGGAGGCACUGGCACAAACAGGAGGUUACCAGUUGGCUGUGAAUUCUGCAACCCUUAAUCGCUUAAGGUCAUUGUUUGAAAGAGGAUUGACCUUACCAGAAAUCCGAAAUUGCCCCCUGAUAUGGCGCCUCUACAUCUCUCUCGAAUAUGAACAUGGAGACCUGGAAAGAGCAACUGGAAUCUACUACAGAUCCUUGCAGCAAUGUCCUUGGGCCAAGGCCCUUUAUAAAGAUGCUGUAGUAAUGUUGGGGGAUGAUAAACUGCAGUACAUUGUUGAUCUGAUGAUGGAGAAAGAGAUGCGAAUCCAGAUUCCUGUGGAAGAGAUAGCCAUUCUGCGUGGUGAUGAAAGUGUCAUGAAAGAUCUCUAA